ACCACACAAAGCGUAGGAUGACUUUCUUUAUCCAUAGCAGACAAACAUUUCUAUAGUUUUUAUUUAUUUAUUUAAUACGAAUUUUGGUUCGUCUGUUUUUUUUUUUUUAUUCCUCCAGGAUUCGAACUUCUAUCAGCUAUUCCCUAAUCAAAGUUGAAGCCGAAGCCACAGCGAUGGAGGCUCAUCUGAGACCUCUCUGCAGCCCAACAGCCAUCUUAUGCCCCAAGCCUCCAAAUAGCAAACUACCACAGUUACUACAAAGGCCCACUUCGUAUACUUCUCGUUUUUGGUACACUGUCUCUACAAAGCUUUCAAGCUAUUGUCGAUUUCCUCCCACUGUUUUACUUGCGACACCGGAGAGUCAAGUAAGCACGGGGCUCAACACCGACACAAGAGAAUGGGCAAUGCAAGAUUUUUAUUUCUUAAGAAGAGAUGUUGAAACCAUGGCGGAACGUGUUAAAGAGAUAAGAGAUUCUGCCUGUCUGCAACAGUUAGAACAAGAAGUUGCAGAUUUGGAGUUGAAAGCAGCUGAUAGCUCCUUUUGGGAUGACCGAGCUAAAGCUCAAGAAAACCUUUCGGCCCUGACUGAUGUUAAAGACAGGAUAAGAUUGCUGAAUGAGUUCAAAUCACAGGUUGAAGAUGCAGAAACAAUAGUCAAGCUAACUGAAGAGAUGGACUCUGUAGAUAAUGGACUUCUUGAAGAGGCUGCCAGUAUCAUCAAGGAAUUGAACAAGGGAUUGGAUCAGUUUGAGUUAACUCAACUUCUUUCUGGGCCUUAUGACAAAGAAGGUGCUGUCAUCUUUAUUACAGCUGGUGCUGGAGGAACUGAUGCACAGGAUUGGGCUGAAAUGUUACUCAGGAUGUAUGUGAGGUGGGGAGAAAAGCAGAGAUACAAGACACGAGUAGUUGAGAAGUCCCAAGGAGAGGAAGCUGGAAUUAAGUCAGCGACAAUCGAAGUUGAAGGUCGUUAUGCUUAUGGGUAUUUGUCUGGGGAGAAAGGAACACACCGCAUUGUGAGGCAGUCCCCUUUUAAUGCCAAAGGUCUUCGCCAGACAAGCUUCUCUGGUAUUGACGUCAUGCCUCUUCUACCUGAAGAGUCGUUGAAAGUUGAUUUACCUGAGGAGGACCUGGAAAUAAGUUUUUCAAGGGCAGGCGGGAAAGGAGGGCAGAAUGUGAACAAAGUUGAAAGCGCUGUCCGGAUUACUCACAUCCCCACUGGUGUUACUGUUCGCUGCACAGAAGAGAGAUCCCAGCUUGCAAACAAAAUAAAGGCUCUAAGCAGGUUGAAAGCGAAGCUGUUAGUGAUAGCUGAGGAGCAAAGGGCAUCAGAGAUUAAGCAAAUACGAGGAGAUGUAGUGAAGGCAGAAUGGGGCCAACAAAUAAGAAAUUAUGUGUUCCAUCCUUAUAAACUGGUGAAGGAUGUAAGGACAGGAUACGAGACGUCGGAUAUCACUUGUGUAAUGGAUGGUGAUUUAGAGCCUUACAUUAAAGCUUACCUCAAACACAAAUACAGUAUGAAGGUGACUGCUGCAGGUGUAGUGUAGGUGUAGCUACUCCUACUCCUACUAGCUAAUUAUGAAAAUUCAGCAUAUAAGAUUUGGGUUGGCACAUCACAUGCUUUGAAUUGUAUUGUAAAAUCUUGUGUUGGAUCAGGAGGAGGUAGACAAUGUGGUCUUGUAAAUUUACCCACCAUUUAAGAAAUAGUUGCGUGCUUCUGAAAGCCCAUUGAAUU